AUGACUGAGGAUGAAGUGAAAUCGAUGUUAGUGAAAGACUUCCAGAAAUACGAGAAAAAAAGAAUGGAAAACAAUGCAUGGGAUGUUGCAAAGGAAGUUAAAGAAAGAAUUCUCGAUGCUCAUGUUUUGAAAGAAUACAUCACUGCAUUCCUAACUAUGAAGCCAGAAGAUCAGUUCUUCUUUGAUGAAGACAAUAUUUUGGAAUUUAAUAAAGCAAAGAGUGACACUUCGCGAGAACAAAUUCCAGGUAGCGGAUAUAUGAACAAAAUAUCCACAUUCAUUGAAUCACAUUACAAUGUGGGUGAGCUCUAUAUUGAUUUUCUCAAGAGGGCAUGCAGUGAACAUUCAGAUGGUCGUCUUUGCGACUUCUAUGAAAGCCAUCCAUGGGUAGGACCAGAGAGUGAGCGAAUACCUAAACCCAUACCUGACCCCAAGAACCCUCCACACUAUAAGAGCGUGUUUUGUACGCCAGUGAGAAAUGAUAAUGGUAGCCGCAGAGAUCCUGAAGACUGGCAGCCAAGGGCGCACUUUAAACGUUUAUUUAAUUCAUCAUCAAUAACCCUCAAUGAUACAGAUGUCAUUAAAGAAUAUGCAACAAAGUUCGCUGUUGAUGAAAGAUACGUGCCUUCAUAUUUGGAGCACCUGACAAGACUGAGACUCAAAGAAUCCAUCAGGUCAACUCAAAGACAAAUCGACAAAAGCAAACGAGACCUAAAAACAUACAAUGAGUAUGACUGGCUAGACAUGUCUCUAGAAGGAACAUUGCAACAACUAACUGUCAAAGAAGUUGAGAAAUAUCUAACUGCUCGUGGACUUGGCAAGUAUGGUAAAAAAGAGUGACAAAAAUAAAACCAUCAGCUGCCAUGUACUGCGAAAUAAUGAGCUUAACUCUAUAAAAGAGAAACAGUUGGAAUUGGCAGACUCCAUGUACUAUGCUGAC